CCGGCAGGUUUUCAUUUGCAGAACAAGCAGUCCGUGAUUUCUCCGGGGUGCAAAGCCGGGAACAGCAAUACAACGACUUCCAGUGUGAUUACCUCCAAUCCACAGAUUCCAUGCUAAAAAAUUAAGCCGUUCAUCCCUCCCCGUCGGACCCCUUUUUUUUACGACGGACAAAGUUUAACUUCGUAAAGCACGCCCGUCGUCCGGAAUUCCACACUUCCACUAUAAAUCGACCUAGUCGAGAGAGAGCACGACAGAGAGAGAGAGAUGGGAAGGGGUGGUACGGAGAUGGAGGUGGGAGCGGACGGUGUCGUUGUCAUAACAAUUGUCAACCCUCCCGUUAAUGCCCUCUCCUUGGAUGUACUAGUCAGCCUAAAAGAGAACUAUGAAAAAGCUUUGAGAAGAGUUGAUGUGAAAGCGAUUGUCCUCACAGGUGCAGGAGGGAAGUUCUCAGGAGGUUUUGAUAUCAGUGCAUUUCAAGGGGGAAAGACAGAACAUGCAAAGGUUGAUUUCUCACCAAUUGAUUUUCUCACUGACACUUUAGAAGGUGCUAGAAAACCUUCAGUGGCUGCUGUUGAUGGCCUUGCUCUUGGUGGUGGACUUGAGGUUGCAAUGGCAUGUCAUGGUCGAAUUUCUACUUCUACCGCUCAACUGGGUUUGCCAGAACUUCGACUUGGAAUUAUUCCUGGCAUGGGAGGAACACAGCGUCUUCCACGCCUUGUCGGUCUUUCCAAAGCUCUUGAAUUGAUGCUGAUGUCCAAAUCAAUAAAUGGAGGGGAAGCUUAUGCAUUGGGCCUUGUGGAUGCCAUUGUUUCACCCGAUGAACUGGUCAAGACUGCUCGUUCUUGGGCUUUGGACAUUGUUGAAUCAAGAAGGCCAUGGAUUAAAAGUCUUUACAGAACCGACAAAUUAGAACCUCUUGGGAUGGCUAGAGAAAUUCUCAAUUUUGCAAGAGAUCAGGCUCAAAAGCAAGCUGCUAAACUCCAACAUCCUCUGAUUUGUAUUGAUGUUAUUGAAGAGGGUAUAGUUUCAGGACCCCUAGCUGGACUUUGGAAGGAACUGGACUCUUCUCGGAUGCUUCAAUCUUCUGAGACAAGCAAGAGCUUGGUGCACAUCUUCUUCGCACAACGUGCAACCUCAAAGGUUCCUCGCAUUACGGACAUAGGCUUGAAGCCCAGAGGAAUACAUAAAGUUGCCAUCAUUGGAGGAGGUUUAAUGGGUUCUGGAAUUGCAACUGCACUGAUACUGAGCAAUUUUUUGGUAAUCCUAAAAGAAGUAAAUGAGAACUUCUUACAGUCAGGGAUUGGCCGAGUUAAAGCCAAUUUGCAGGGUCAUGUCAAGAAAGGAAAAAUGACUCAAGAGGAAUGUGGGAAGGCCAUCUCUCUCCUCAUAGGUGUUCAUGACUACGAGCAUUUCAAAGAUGUGGACAUGGUCAUUGAGGCAGUAAUCGAGAAUGUGUCUUUAAAGCAGCAAAUAUUUGCUGAUCUUGAAAAAUACUGCUCUCCUCACUGCAUCCUUGCUAGUAAUACUUCAACAAUUGACUUAAAUUCAAUCGGAGAGAAGACUAUGUCGCAAGAUCGUAUUGUGGGUGCACAUUUUUUCAGUCCCGCCCAUGUCAUGCCACUUUUGGAAAUAGUUCGUACUCAAAAGACCUCUUCACAAGUUAUUGUGGACUUGCUAGGUGUUGCAAGGAAGAUUCAUAAAACCCCUAUUGUUGUUGGGAACUGUACUGGUUUUGCUGUGAAUCGGAUGUUUUUUCCUUACUCACAGGCAGCCGCUUUACUUGUUGAUCAUGGCCUAGAUGUGUAUCAGAUUGAUCAUGCAAUUACCAAAUUUGGAAUGCCAAUGGGGCCUUUCAGACUGGCUGAUCUGGUUGGUUUCGAGGUUGCUGUGGCUACUUGUACCCAAUACCUCCAAAGUUUCCCUGAGAGAUGCUACAGGUCAAUGUUAAUACCCAUUAUGCUUGAGGAUAAAAGGACAGGUGAAUCUUCCCGCAAGGGGUUCUAUGUAUAUGAUGGAAAACGGAAGGCUAGUCCAGAUCCUGAUAUAAAGAAGUACAUUGAGAAAUCAAGGAGCAUAUCUGGUGUUACCCAAAGCCCCAAGGUGAUAGAGUUAGCAGAUAAAGAUAUAAUAGAGAUAGUAUUCUUCCCUGUUGUAAAUGAGGCUUGUCGUGUCCUUGAUGAAGGAAUUGCUUCCAAGGCAUCAGAUCUUGAUAUCGCCUCCAUCAUGGGCAUGGGUUUUCCCUCAUACAGGGGUGGCACCAUGUUUUGGGCUACUGACUCUUUAGGGGCAAAUUAUGUAUAUUCUAGACUCGAGGAAUGGUCAAAGAUGUAUGGUGAUUUUUUCAAGCCUUGUGCAUAUCUGAAAGAAAGAGCCACAAGAGGCAUAUCUCUGAGCGCCCAGGCUAAUCAAGCCAAACCCCGAUUAUAGCACAGCAAUGCAGCAAUCUUUCAUCCUUCCAUCCAUAGAAUUGAUGGCAAGUUAUUUUUGAUGGUAUUCUAAGCUAAGUGAUUGAUGAACAACAUGGGCAUUGUAUUGUUUUCAUGCUAAUCUGAGGAAAGAACCCAUGUUUUUUUAUGAUGAUUCUUAGCAUAUGGUAGCUGCAGCAUGUCUUUUGCUCAUUUCUUAAUUGUUGUGAACUAUAUUUGGUAUGCCUACCAUCUUUUUACAAAAGACGAGCGGCUAUGUGAUAUGCCAUUAGAAACACAAAUAAAGGAGUGUGGAUUCAUCAAUAA